AAAUAGCAUCUCAUUGUAAACAAGACACCAGCUGAGUAAAAGGACAUCAAGUUGCGAUAUUCAUAUUGUAGUAUAGAUUUCGAUCUGUAGAAGCUAUAUCUAGAUUCUUUCAUUCUAGACUCAAUCUUCUGCUAUAUCUAAUGUCUGAAUUAUCAAGACUAAAAUCUACCAUGAAUAUUUUAAAUGAAGAUUACGAAGAAAUGAUCAGGACUAAAAGACUGAAGCCUUUGACUGUGCUGAAGAGCGUGGGGCCCAAGCUUGUCCCAUUCUUCAAAACGGUGGCCAUAUUUUUUGUCCUGUUUGGAAUGGAGGAGAAACCUUCCAUCUUCUUCUGCAUCGUGAAGUGCCUGCCGAUCUUCUCUCUCAUUGUGUUUGUGCUGCUUCACGGCAUGAGCUUUGAUGAGUGUUACAGGUACUCCAGGCGGAUCCUGGUAGGCCUUAUCUUCUCUGUCAUGGGAGAUGCCCUUCUUGUAUGGAAGCAUGCCUAUGCCAACCUCGAGCUAGGCCUUCUCUGCUUUGCUGUCGCCCAGACAAGUUAUGCCCGAGCUUUCGGAUGGAGGCCUUUCAAGCCGUAUGCAGGAUCUGUGUUCGUGGCCGUUGGGCUGUGCGUGUACUGCUACUUACAAUCCUACCUGACUGGCAUCAUGGUCUACCUGGCACCUUUCUACAUCACCCUUAUAUGCACCAUGGCUUGGCGUGCUGUGGCCCGUGUCCAGAUCUACGAUGACCUCUGGACGUGGACCAAACUGUGUGGCUGCGCUGGCGCUGUCUUCUUCCUCACUUCCGACAUGGUCAUUGCUGUCAACAUGUUUGCGUUCUCAGUGCCCUUCGCUCACCAAAUCGUCAUGCUGACCUACUACGCUGCCCAGUUUGGAAUCUCCCUAUCUGUGGUGGAUAGCCAAGCCGAUGAGCUAAUAAGGGUACAGAAGAGGCAGUAGACUUAAGUUACUGUUCCCCACAUCUGAUAAACACACAGCUCCCUUGACUUGUAAAUACAGUCAUUUCAUAACGUAAUAAUGAAGUAGGUAGAAGUACUUCAGAUGUACAACAGAGAAAAAAAAAUUCUGGUUGAACAAAAAUAUGUACUGAAAACAAAUGAAACAGAGUUGGUUACAAGUCUUUGCAUUUUCUGUCACAUAUUUGCACAAAGAGCUGAAGGAAUUUUUAUUUAUCAUAAAUAAAUUUUCAGGUUUUAAACAUUAUGAUAAUUAAAGCGUUGCUGCUAAAAUACUGAAAAUUUGUAUACACUAUCACCAAUGUUAAAGGUAUCAAGACAUUGUAGAUGUCUUCAAAAAAUAACAUAUCAAUAAAAAUUGUUUACAUUUGUUCUGUUUAUUUAUUGUCCUUAAAUAUAGGAAAAUAAAACAAGGCAAAACACAUGAGCAAUAUUUUUUGUUACUUUAUAUAACAACUUUAUAUCUAUGGUUGACCCUACUAAUGUUGUCUUCUCUUAUGGGUACUUUUUUUUUUGUUUUAAUUGGGAGAGGCAGGUCGUUGUGCUAACCACCUUGCAAACUAUUUCCCUCAAAUAUUUGACAUUUAAUGUGCCACCUCUACCUUCAAGUUUCAGUGUUUUAUAUGCUUGAACAGACAAAAGAAUUUCAUAUUUCUGACAAAUAUGCUGUCAAAACUAUUUUCUUUGGGUUAACACAUAUAUAUUAUAUUUUGCAGUUUUUGAAACCUAUCAAUUUAAGGGUUUUUUUUUAUUUCAGUUAUGUCGUUCAGAAUCAAAAUGUUAAUCUUUUUAUAAAAACUUUUGUCAUUGACAUGUUUUAGUCCACAUUGCUUGCAAAAUUUUAGUCAUUGACAUGUAUUAGGGAAAAAUGCUUGCAAAGUUUUUGGUUUCUCAAAAGAAUAAAAAACGUUUACCAUACUGCUCCUUGUAUCUUGCAGACGUGUCUGAAACAAAAAAUUGAGCACUUCCAUUUUUUUUUGUAAUUUUCCAUAUUUAUUACACUUUUGGUGUAAGGAUGAUUAUAUUUAUAUUAAGAACAGGAGAUGUAUCUUGCCUGAUGGGGCUAAUACUUUGUGAUAUGAAAAUUAAUUCUACGUUGAGUCUCAUUUUGUUUGUUUUGAAUUGUAUUAAUUUUUCAUGAAUGACUGUUAUUAUUAUUAUGCCAGUAAACCAAGAAAGGAGCCAACAGUCUACUGAGAAGCAAUAAGUUAUUGGAAAUUUGAAAUGGACAUUCAUUUCAUUAUGAUGUUCAGCAUCCAGUUUCUUGAUUCAAACCAGACAUUGAAACAUAAAAAUCAAUAGUAUGUUUUUGUUAGUCAAUUAAAAAUUCACCAGUUGGCAUUGUAUUUGUAGCAUUAGUCACUUUUUAUCUCAUUUUAGAUUGAUUAAAAGUUUAUCAAAUUCUGGUGUUGAUUGGUCUUACAGUCAACAAAGCAUUGAGGCCAAACAUUCAAACUUCUAAUUAAAUAAAUAAAAAAAGUUUUUUUUGUUUUUUUUUCACUAUUGCUUUCAUUUUUUAGAAAUUGGUAGAUUGAUAUCAACCUGGCUUUGGUGUUGCAUUCCUACAAAAAUAUAAUUAAAACAAAUCUCUUCUGAUAUAUAAGCGUGAUCUCACCCCACCCCCAAAAACAAAACAAAAUUGAUGAAAUAGUAUUUAAAAAGUUUGGCCAUCAUAGUUUUUGUGUGAUUUUUUUCUGCAUAUUUUUGGUUUGUCAUGGGACAUUCAAACUUUAAUAAUUUAUUCCCAUAGUUUCAAGUAUUAUGCUGAAUCUGUAAGAUUUAGAGACAUAUACAUUUCUAUCUCUAUAUAGUUAGACAUUAUCUAAAGUACACUAAUUGGAUUAUUGUGUAUUGUUUGGCUAAUGCUGUUCUUGGUAGAAAUAGGUAGAGGUGUAUAGCUAUAACACUAACAAAAAUAUUUUGUGAUAAAGAUGAUUAAGCUGGUACUAUUUAUUGCCAAUACUUGGUUUGUACCGAAGUGUUGCAAUUUGCAAUUGGGCUUAUUCUUGAUCUAUUAAGCAUGUGAUGUGCGGAUACAGACUUUAUAAAGAAAAGGCCUCAAUCAUUCAUUGAAGAAUACAGGACUUUUGGUCACAAAAAAAAUGGCAUUUAAGGGCUUCAUAAGGAGCAGAUAUUGUUUCACUGAAGAGGUAGCUUGAAAAUUUAAGCAGCAUUUCGUUGGAAUUAGACUGAACUGCAGACAGUAUUUUAUAGUCUUUUAAAUGCCUAACAUGGCUUCACUGUUAAAAUAUUUCUUUUUUUUUCUUUAUAUUGCAUCUGCUUAUUAGUUUGUUUUUUAGAAUCAGCUUCAGACUUGGUAAAUGGCAAGUUGCUGCUGAGUGUAAAUGUUUUUUUUUUCUGCUAUUUCUUUAUUGAUCAGACUCACAUCAACUCAGCAUGAACCUUCAGUGCAUCUCUUCACUUCAUUAUGUUUCUCUAGUUCUUUGCUUUUCUUGUAUUUUUAUAAUCACCUUUGUCAAAACACAUUUUUUUUAUGUUUCCAUUAAGUGCAAAAUAUUUUUUUUUUCUUAUUUACAAUAAUAGAAAUGUCUCUCUUUUUUUUUUUUUUUUUGAGAAUUUAGCUUUUUGCUCUACAUGAAUGUUUUUCACACCUUUUUAUUGCCACAUAUAUUCUCUUGUUUCUUAAAUAUGUUUUGUGCAAAUUUAAAUUGUGUUUCUUUGAAUUGUUGUAAAAGAUUUGUGGUUUUGACAGUAUUACUUUUGUAGUCAUUUUUUUUUAUGUCCUAUAAAAAAUAAUGGAGUACUGUUAGAUUUUAAAAAAAACUUUUUUUUUUAAUAUAAAUUUUUUAAAAGCAUUAUUAGAUAUUACUUUUUCCAUUAUACGUUAAGGCUUCAUUUAGAACUAACCACAAAAAAGAAAAAAACUUGUAUAGAAUAUAGAUUUCUCAAUAUUCUGUUUUUAGUAUUUUUAAAUAUAAAAGAUUUUCUUGUGUAAAAUUAUCAAGCGGAAUUCAUGCUUCUCUAUGUUGUUAGUAUGUAAUCAGUGUAUAAAAACAAAUAAGUGCUUUUUUACUAUUGGAUAUUCUUGAUAGGCCUACUUGAGUAGACCACCAAAAUGUUUUCUUGUUAACAGCAAUCUUUUUUUUUUGUUUGGUGAAAGUCUUCCUUCUAUUUGAACAUGUCAGCAUUGACUACAGUUUGAGCGAUAUGCUCAAGGUUAAAGUGUUGGAGUAAUUAUGAUCAUAAAGCCAGAAAUGGGUUAAGGAGCUGGUCAAACAUUCUUAUGCCACAGUCAAGGGAGGAUACAAUAAAGUACUCUAGUUAUAGAUCUGCAUUGGUAUAUUUGUACAUUUACUGUUAAAGCUGAAGUUUUUUCUUUUUCAUUAUUGUUUGAUGUACAACUAAUAGGUAUCAUUCUUUUAAUUAAUUUUUUUUUUGGUGUCUAUUUUUACAAAUGACAUGGUGUCUUUCUAUUAUUUUGUUUAGUCAUGAAAAGCAUUAGGACUGGUAGAUGCUUCUAUAAGAAAUUCUAAAUUGAAUAAAAAGCUUUAAACCAUCUGGAGAAAUUUUUUACACAAGAUUUGAAGAAAUAUUUCUGAGCUUAUUGCAUCUUCAGAUUUUUUUCUAUGUAUUGUCUUGACAAUACAUGGCUGCCUGGUCGUGCGGUUUGCGCGCUGGACUGUCGUUCAGAUUAAUCGACGGUCGAGGGUUCAAACCCUGCCCGCUCCCAUCCCCCGUCGUCCUGUCCUCUGAAGGAACAUCCGAAACAUGUAAAACAAACAAACAAACAAUAUUUCUGUAUUCAAUUGUUAAUGUAAUCAGCUAAGUAACUUUAAGAAACCUAACCCUUGACUGGUCAGUUUUUGCACAAUUGCAAAGAAAUUAGUAUGUUUCAACAUUGUGUUGACAAAAACAAUUGUUUUAGCUUCAUAAAUAGGUCAACUAUAUUGCCCCUACUUACUGAACGUCUGGCUCAGUAUUGGAACUUUUACUUAUGCCAGAAACUAGUGUUUUAAACUCCAAUAACUUUGUAUAAGAGCUUUGUUUUAGCAAUAAGCUUAAUUGGUAACCAGGUUGUUUUGUUUUAUCCUCACUCCCCAUUGAUCUCAGACAGACAACAUCCUACACCACUUUUAAGAAGAACAUUAAGACCUGUCUGUUUAAAACUUUUUUAGAUUAACUGUCAUUUCAGCUCUCGUGUUUUUGUUUGUAAUGUUGUUACAGCGCCUUGAGCCUACAUUUUGUUUGUUAACAGCGCUUUAUAAAUAAAAUUAUUAUUAUUAUUAUGUAAAGUGUUAAUUCUGGUGACAACCCUUUUGGCUCAGUUGCUUCCCCUUGUUUGUUAAACCUAAUGGUUGGUGUAAAUGAUGUGAUAGAAUUUCAACAAUGCAUUAUUUGUAUAACUUGUAAUGUUUUCUGAUUAUAGUCAAUGUUGUAGGCUGAUUCAAUUUGUCUUUUUUUUUUUCUCUUUCUUAUCAACUCACUAAUGUACACUAUACAAGUUUUAAGAUUGGAAAUAAAAAAGUUACAAAAUAUU